UGCACAUCAAACGAAGGUCAGCUCAGGGUAUAAAAGAAGGAGACGUGCAUUUAGACAUGUGGAGACGCUGCAGACAUGCUCGUGUUUCUGCUGUUCACCACUCUCACAGCCACAGUGCUGGCUGAGUUGGAGCUUCAGUCCAGCUACAGCAGCAUCGCAGGAAGAGUUGUGGGAGGUGAGGAGGUGCGUUAUUCCUCCUCCUGGCCUUGGCAGGUCUCUCUCCAGUAUUAUUCGGCCGGUUCCUAUCACCAUUUCUGUGGAGGAACACUGAUCAGGACAGGAUGGGUCAUGACCGCUGCUCACUGUGUGUACAGUUCCAGCUCCAUUCGUGUGGUCCUCGGUGAUCUUAUCCUGCACUCGGGCCAUAACACUGAGCAAGUAAGGGAUGUCCACAGUGUUUAUAUCCAUCCUGAAUGGAACAAUGACAGCAUCUCCUCUGGUAAUGACAUCGCCUUGCUGCGGCUAUCGUCUGCGGCAUCAGUGACCUCUUACGUGCGUCCGGCCUAUCUGCCUCCUUAUGGCGAGAUCCUGCCCCAUAACCACCCCUGUUACAUCACUGGAUACGGACGCACCUCCACUGGUGGGAGUAUGUCAAACAGAAUGAGGCAGGCCUACCUUCCUGUUGUCGACCACCAGACCUGCACCAGCUCCGGCUGGUGGGGCAGCACCGUCAAGACCACCAUGAUUUGUGCUGGAGGAGGCGCUCAGUCAGGAUGCAACGGUGACUUUGGUGGCCCUCUUAGCUGCAGAGUUAACAACAGCUAUUAUGUCCACGGGGUAGCCAGCUUUGUGUCAGGUAUGGGAUGCAACGCGUCCCAGAAGCCCACUGUCUUCACCCGCGUCUCCGCCUUCAUCACGUGGAUGAACUCGGUCAUGGACAAUCCUUGAAAUGGAUCUAACAGAAAUUACUGCAGAAGUGAGCUUGUUCUCCGUCUGCAACCAAAUUUCCAGAUCAAAAUAAACUUGUUCAAAAUCAA